GAGUAGGGUUGCCUGUGCCAACGCCCUUUAGCGCUGGCUCUCGCUUGAGACGGGAGCGGCUCUUUCUCCUCGCCCCAGCCCCGAGCGGAGCGCACCCGAUCUAGCGGCGCCAGCCGGCUCGGCCUAGCGGAGCGGACCCAGACUGCAAGCCCUGCUAGUGCACGCAGGGGUGAGAGAGAGGAAAGUGGAGGUGGAGAUAAAAGCCAUUCUGAGGAGGCUGGAGUGCCUCUUUCCACCAUCUGGUCUCUAGAUUGGUCUCCUAUGGGGAGAGAGUUUUGAGGUGCCUUUUCCUCUUGACAGUGUGACAGUCCCAGCCUCUCUUUCUGCCUUGUGCUUUCCCCACUGCCAGCCACCAUGGAGAAGACCGAGAUGAUCCAGAAAGCCAAGCUGGCUGAGCAGGCUGAGCGCUAUGAUGAUAUGGCCACCUGCAUGAAGGCAGUAACCGAACAGGGUGCUGAGUUAUCCAACGAGGAGCGCAACCUGCUCUCGGUGGCCUACAAGAACGUAGUGGGGGGGCGGCGCUCUGCCUGGAGGGUCAUCUCUAGCAUUGAGCAGAAAACAGACACCAACGACAAGAAGAUGCAGCUUGUCAAGGACUAUCGGGAGAAGGUGGAGUCUGAGCUCAGGUCCAUCUGCACCACUGUGCUGGAGCUGCUGGACAAAUUUUUAAUAGCUAAUGCAACUAAUCCAGAGAGCAAGGUAUUCUACCUGAAGAUGAAGGGAGACUACUUCCGAUACCUUGCUGAAGUUGCAUGUGGAGAUGACAGAAAACAAACAAUAGAAAAUUCACAAGCAGCUUAUCAGGAGGCAUUUGACAUCAGCAAGAAAGAGAUGCAACCUACACAUCCAAUUCGUUUGGGCCUAGCUCUUAACUUUUCUGUAUUUUACUAUGAGAUCCUCAACAACCCUGAGCUUGCCUGCACGCUGGCUAAGACAGCUUUUGAUGAGGCUAUCGCAGAACUUGAUACGCUGAAUGAAGACUCAUACAAAGACAGUACUCUCAUCAUGCAGUUGCUUAGAGACAACCUAACAUUAUGGACAUCAGACAAUGCAGGAGAAGAAUGUGAUGCUGCAGAAGGUGCAGAAAACUAAACUGCACAUGGGGUGUGUCAUUCCCUCUUUCCUUCUCAAGAAACCUUUUUACACGUCUCCAUUCCUUAUAGCUCCACUUGGAUUUCCUAUAGCAAAGAGAACCCAUCCAUGUGUAUGGAAAUCAGUUUAUAGUCUUUUCACACUGCAGCUUUGGGAAAACUCCAUUCCUUGAUUUGUGUUUGUCCUGGCCUUCCCUGUGUGCAGUUACUGCUGUAGAAAAGUAUUAAUAGCUUCAUUUCAUAUAAACAUAAGUAAUUUCCAAACACUUAUGUAGCGGACUAAAGUGUACCUGGUAUUUAAAAACAAAAAUCUGAACCAGUUCCUGCAAGUUGACUGUGUUUUUGUAUUCAGUAAAGAUAUUAAAAUUUAGUUAAUUGCAACUAAAGUGUUCAACAUAGCUUUCUAAUUCUCCACAUUCCCUCUUAUUCUGCAGGGUUUCCUUUCAGUAACUUACUUUCUCAUGCUACUGUGUAUUCUUUUCAUGAAGGUUAUGGAAGUAUUGGGCCAGAUAGAAAGUUUGGCGUUUUUAGAUUGAGAAUUACAAAUUAAGUUGCCUUCUGUGUAAUAUACUGCAGGGGCUACAGUAUAUCUGCGUGAAAAUGAGGGUGUCUUCUUACUCAGUCUUCAGUUGCUGCUCUUUAUAAGUUGAUAUCCUUUCCCAAUAAAAGUCACUUACACUCCUGCCUUUGUAGUUCUGGUAUUCACUUUACUAUGUACUAGAAACAGCAUGGAACUGCUGGAAUGCAGACAGUGCUUUUUGGCAGACUAAAGUGCAUGUCAUUUCUUAAUACACUGGAAUGGGAAAACCAAUUCAAGUUCAAUGUUCAAGUAUAACAUUUAGUACUUUUCCAUGCAGAUUUGUGCACAUGUGAGAAGGUGUCAAGUUUGUCCCGUGAUUGUUAUUUAGAGAGUUGGACCACUAUUGUGUGUUGCUAAUCAUUGAUUGUAGUCCCAAAAAAGCCUUGUGAAAAUGUUAUGCCCUAUGUAACAGCAAAGUAACAUUAAAUAAAAUUACAUUUUAUAAACCA